CGUCAAUUCAUGUUUUAAUUUCAUCACGAUAACAAAUUUCCGGAUAAUUCUUCAAAAAUUUAGUGAUUUACGAUGUUAGACAACGUAAAACAUAUCGUUCUCGUGCUCUCAGGGAAAGGCGGCGUUGGAAAAUCCACAGUUUCAACCCAACUUGCAUUGACACUCAAGGAAUCCGGUUUCAAAACAGGACUUUUGGAUAUCGAUCUCUGCGGUCCAAGUGUUCCAUACCUCCUCGGACUCGAAGAUAAGGAAAUCCAUCAAUGCGAGGAAGGAUGGGUGCCCGUUUACACAGAUGCCGAUCAACGUCUCGCUGUCAUGUCAAUCGGUUUCUUGCUCAAAAAUCGCACAGAUCCGAUCAUUUGGCGAGGUCCCAAGAAAACGGCGAUGAUUCGGCAGUUCUUGAACGACGUCAAUUGGGACGAACUCGAUUUUUUGAUAAUUGACACGCCGCCCGGCACAUCAGACGAACACAUUACCGUGAUGGAAUGCAUGCGAGAAGUCAAGUGUGAUGGAGCGAUAAUUGUAACGACGCCGCAGGAAGUCGCAAUCGAGGAUGUACGCAAGGAAAUUACGUUCUGCAAAAAGACGGGAAUCGAAAUUUUGGGCGUUGUUGAGAACAUGAGUGGAUUUGUGUGUCCAAAUUGCAGCGAAUGUUCGAAUAUUUUCUCAUCGGGAGGCGGCGAAGCACUUGCUGAACUUGCCAAAGUGCCGUUUUUGGGAAAAUUACCGAUAGAUCCGCGAGUUGGAGACUUGGGAGGAACGGGAAAAGCUUGUGUGAAGGAAUUGCCGGAAUGUACAACGUCAAAAGUUUUAAAAGAAAUUGCACAAAAGCUAUCGGGAUAGAAGUUUUCGUCAUUUUUAAUAGAGAAUUGUUGCAUUUUUUACAAUAAAAAAGGGAAAUUUACAAGACUUUGUAACGUGCUUUGUU